AUGGCAGAAGAACAGAGGAGGCUCGAAGCCCUAGUUAGGAGUUUGGAGGAACGUGAGAGGUAUGUGGAUAUGAAUAGUCGACUUGAGAAUGUAGGGUUGGGGUCUGACAAACACAUUAGGGCCAUUGAAGAUGAACGAAGAGCCCUUGAAGCGGAACGAACAGCCCUUGAAGAGAAAGCGAGAGCGGAUGAAGAAAAGAGCAGGCAUCGCGACGAGUUACUCCGAGACACGACGUUUAUCGAAUUGAUUCGACAAUGCCAUGAGUCUCUUUCGAAGUCCAUGACACUCGGAACCAAGUCUAAAUGUACAAGAGGGCCACCACAUGAGGCCACUGGCAAGGUCUGCCCGGAUCGAUUCGAGCACUGGUCAGAGUUUUCGCGCAAGCAGGAUGAUAUAUAUAGUGCUGUUUGCAAAUUUCUCGAGCCAACUGACAAUGAUGAAAAGCGCCUCUUUGAUUCGAUAGAUUCCAUCGAAGUCUCUGGGAAACAUAUAAAAAAGAAUGAGAUAACUAGUGAAAAGGAUAUAGAACUCUUUGAGCGCUUUGCGGUGGAAAACCAUGUUGUCAGCAUUAUUGCCGAGCUCAGCAAAAUCCCUGCUGCCCGUGAAUAUUUCCACUUGAACUUUGAGGGUAUCAAAUACAUGAACCACCUUUCCAAUCUCAGAUCAUUCAUGAAGGUUCUAUGUAAGGAGAGAGGAGUUACACUGCCGAUCACUUCCAAACCUGACUCGGUCUGCCUAUGGUACGAUGAGGAGGGAGAAAGGCUAGUCUUGACAGGGGAAUACAAACCGCCCCACAAGUUACCCAUGGAUACCCUUCGCGCAGGCUUGAGGACGCAUAACUUCUACGAGGAAAUUGUUGGGAGCCAUACUAUCCCAACGGAAGAAACAGAAAGGAUGAAAUAUAAGGCAGCCCGCCUGGCAGGCUCGGCGAUAGUCCAGGAAUAUCAUACAAUGAUAUUGCUAGGGCUGGAGUACGGGUAUGUGACCACUGGUUUGGGGAUAGUUCUCCUGCGGGUACCUUACGACAACCCACAAACUCUGCAAUUCCACCUUUGCGAGCCCCAUAUGGAGGUCGAUCAAGGGGGUGACAAGUGGUUCUUACGGCCUUUGACCGCCAUUGCACGAGUGCUAUGUUUAACACUUAUGGGCUUUGGAUCGCAGCCCCGUGGCGUUGAAUGGUCCGCUAAGACAAAGCCCACGCUGGAAACCUGGAUCACAAGUUUUGACUUGACGUAUAUCAGUCAAAACAAAGGGGAAAAAGCACCAAGUGAUCCUUCAGACAAAACAUUCAUCCCCCCCAGAAAGAGCAAAGUUGCGGCAUCCGCAGGAAGAGGCAAAACUACCCGUUCACGAGCUCGCUGCAGCGAAAACCACAUGAAAUCCAAGCGAGAGGAUACAACAGACCCUGAUGCCGACUCAGCCCCAGGACAAAAACGUCGCUUGAUGGAUACCAUAUCUUCUGCAUUACCUGCCACUGAGAAACGCUCAAAGCGUCCCAAAUAUGCAGGAGGUGGAUCCAAGAGUCGCCAGCGUCAGAGCCUACCAUUCUGCACGCAAAAUUGCCUCCGUGGCUUAAAAAGACGUGGCAAACUGGACAAAAAUUGUCCAAACUUCAAGCUUCACCAGGAGAAUGGGUCAACCCAUCACCGUACAAACACCCGUGGGUUGGCCAAGUUGAUCAAGGCUGCAAUAGAUGAGUGUCUUGACCGUGCAGAACCGAUGGGAGGCUGCGGCCUGUCUGGUGCACCGUUUAAACUCACCUGCGUCAGGUAUGGAUAUACCAUUGUUGGCAAAGGUACCACCUGCUACCUUUGGCCCCAGUUGGAAUAUGAAGCCGAUAUUUACCGAAUGCUUGAGCCUGUGCAGGGAUUCGCAGUCCCAGUAUAUAUCGGAAAGAUUGACUUGCGCAGGAUGUACUUCCUUCUCGGGGCGGGGCCUAUCAGACACAUGCUACUCAUGGGAUGGGGUGGAGAGAGUAUUGACGAGGUCGAGAUUGACAGCCAAAUUCUACGACAAAGUGUAACUGAGUCCGCUAAAGAUAUCCAGUCUCUUGGCGUUCAACACCAAGACCUUGGAUCAGGCAAUAUUCUCUGGAACUCGGAGCUGAGUCGGGCCAUGAUUAUUGACUUUCAUUUGUGCACAUUCGGCAUGGAAUUGAACUCCCAAAUGGAAAUGAUCGAGAAUGAUCAGGAGCGCCGGCAUUGUGAAUACCAUGGCCAGCAUAUGGGUCUCCUCUACUAG